AUGAAGUUUGCAUCAACACUCCUGCUUGCUGCAGCCGCCGUGCUGGCCGGAGCCCACGAGGAAGAGCCCACGGUGCCCCAUAACAUGACGGCCGGCUUCGUCAUGGAGCCAUACCUGGAGCAUGGCAACCACCUCGAGUAAGUCAUGAGAAAUCUCCGUCGUCAUCGCACUCCCCUGACAUGCGUCGCUAGACUCCGGCAGGACAAGGACUUGAACAGCGCCGCGACCCAAGCAGCCACCCAGCAACCUGCCGUCACCACCUUCUACAUGGAGGCAUCGGUCGGCGCCACCGUCACCUACGCCGCAUUCGUCUACACCCAGACCUUCGCGGCCGUCCCCGAUCAGUGGCCCUCGCCCAGCAGUGGAAGCAUCGGACUCGGGACACUCGUCAAGCAGGGCAAUGGGAAGAGAGAUGCACACCCGACACCUGCUCCUGGUAUCGCUGGAAGAAUUUGGCGUUGAACCAGUGCGCUAAUGUGGUCAUGAUUCUUUCAGGCCAACCUCUGGUGCUGGUAGAGCCAACGGAACAGGUCACCCAGUGGCUCCAGCCCGUGACCCGGGUGACGGAGAUGGUCGAGAUCCCCACGAGCGCUGCUCCGGAGACUCCCCCGACCCCUUCGCCGAGCCCGGAGGAAGGCGACGGCCCAGCCGACAUCACCACGACAUUCCUGUGGAUGAGUACCGGCUCCGCACGCGUCUUUCCCGGACAGAUGAAUCCCGAAUACCACCGCCCGACACCUCGCGCUGCUCGUCGAUGA